AUCACUUUUGUCUUCUACAAUACAGCUUUUCCCCUCACCGAAAACAAAAGGAAAUACUGUGUGUUGACUAAACCUAAUCUGGAACCUUCCUGGUAACUUCGUUGCCGAUAGCGAAAUUAAAAAGAAGUUAUUUCAUCGAUUUCCAUUGCUAACGCUCCUUCUGAUUACAAACUCCAAACGCAGAAAGAAAAGUUCAGAACAUGGAGAAUUACGACGUGAAGUUUCUCUGCAGCUAUGGCGGCGAGAUCCACCACCGCCCCAACAAGAAGAUCUCCUACGUCGGCGGCCACAACAAGCUCCACUACGUUAACCGUGGAAUCGACUUGACCGCCAUGCUCGCCGAACUCUCCGCCCUCUUUGACGCCGCCGGUGACAUCCACUUCAAGUAUCAGCUCCUCGGCGAUGACUUCGACGCCCUAAUAUCCGUCACCAGCGACAGCGACCUAAACAGCCUGAUGCUUGAGUAUGAUAACCUCUACAGAGAUUCCGCUAAAACCGCUCGGAUGAGAUUAUUCAUCUUCCCUGGUAACGGUCCUGAUUCCGCGUCCACCCAACCCUUCCCAGCUAAACUGAAAUCCAAAGUCAACGGCGGUGCUGUUGUUCCUCCGCAAAUUACGCCGGUGAAGUUCCAAGAUCUGCCACCGGUUAACAAUUUUAAUACCUCAGACCGGGUGUUGGUUUCGGAUCCAAAAGUGAAUCGACCGGUCGAAGAUUCCGGUUCUUCCCGUUUGAAUAGUCCGUUACCUGCUUUACAGUAUGAUGUUUUCAUCAGCUUCAGAGGUGAGGAUACACGCGCAAGCUUCACUUCCCAUCUUUUCAAAUCUCUGUCCCGAAAGCAGAUAGUUACAUACACUGAUGACUUGCUUCACGAAGGAGAUUCGAUCAUGUCCCUCCUCAGAGCAAUUGAAGAGUCUUGCCUUUCGCUUGUUGUAUUCUCAGAGAACUAUGCAUCCUCAAAGUGGUGCUUGCAAGAACUGGUUAAAAUAAUGGAGUGCAAGAAAGAAUAUGGACGGCUUGUUAUACCUGUCUUCUACAACGUUGAUCCAUCACAUGUAAGGUAUCAGCUAGGAAGUUACAGUGAAGCGUUUAAAAAACACUUGCAGAAAAACAAGAAGGCUGAGGUUCAGAAGUGGAGGGAAGCUCUCACUGCAGCAGCAAAUUUAGAAGGCUUGGACUCCCGUUCUUAUAGGGACGAAAUUGAAUUCAUUCAGAAUAUUGUCAAAGAUGUUUUGCAGAAGCUGAUUGACCACAACCCACCCAAUGAUAGUAAAAGUCUCGUUGGCAUUGGUGAAAAUCUUGAAAAUGUAAAAUCACUAUUAAGUGAAUCUGUUGAAGUCAGAAUGAUUGGAAUUUGUGGCAUGGGGGGUAUAGGAAAAACAACUCUAGCAAGACUUAUAUUUGAGAAAUAUUCUUAUAAGUUUGAAGGCUCCUGCUUCUUAGAAAAUGUACGGAAAAGAUCAGGAAAGUCCGGGUUAACUGAGUUAGUUCGUCGACUUUACUUGGAGCUCUUACAGGGAAAAUUUUGGCAAAAUAACACAGGAAAAUCCACUUUUGUUGAGGACAGGUUAAGCAAACAAAGAAAUUUCAUAGUCCUUGAUGAUGUGAGUAGUUUAGAGCAAUUAAAUUACCUGGUUCGGAAGCUUCAAUGCUGUGGCGCAGGUAGUAAGAUCAUUAUCACAGCUAGAGACAAAAAUGUGCUGGUUCCAACGGUUGAAACAAUAUAUGAGAUGAAGAUAUUAGAUUCUCAUGAGUCAUUUAAACUGUUUAGUUUGAAUGCAUUCAAUGAAGACUGUCCACAAAUAGGAUACGAGGAGCUAUCAUGGAAAGCGGUUGGCUGUUGCAAAGGCAUCCCACUAGCCUUAAUAGUAUUGGGUUCUUUUCUCCAUUCAAAGAGUAAAACUGAUUGGCAUAGUGCAUUGCAAAAGCUUGAGAAGACACCAGAUCCAGAAAUUCAGAAUAUUUUAAGAUUGAGUUAUGAUGGAUUAGAUGAUGAGGCUAAACAAAUUUUUCUAGACAUCGCAUGUUUUUUUAAGGGAGAGCUUGUAGAAUACGUAGUUAAUCUGUUAGACAGUUGUGGCUUCUAUGCAGCUAUUGGCAUGAGAUCCCUUCUUGAUAGAGCUUUAAUAGCUAUAUCUCAUAAUUGUGUGCGGAUGCAUGACUUGAUCCAAGAAUUAGGUUGGGAUAUUGUUUGUCAACAAUCUAGUGGAAAUGCUGAAAAUCGUAGCCACUUGUGGGAUUCUAAUGAUAUUUGGGAUGUUUUGGGAAACAACAAAGGAACUGAUUCUAUUGAAAGCAUAGUAUUGGAUAUGUCUCAAAUAGAAGAUCUACAGUUGAAUGCUGAUACAUUCAAAAAGAUGCCUAAGUUAAGAUUUCUCAAAUUAUAUAUCCCAUCGGAAAAUGAUGGCAGAUUAAAUAAACUGCAUCUUCCCGUAGGACUAAAGCCAUUUCCUUCUAAAUUAAGAUACUUGGAGUGGGAUGCCUACCCUUUGCCAUCUCUGCCAUCGAAUUUUUGUCCUGAGAAGCUUGUUACUCUUCGCAUCCGGAACAGUAAACUUAAAAGACUUUGGGAUGGGGUUCAGAAUCUUGUUAAUUUAGAGGAAGUAGAUCUAACAGAUUCCCGAAAGUUGGUGGAGCUUCCGGAUUUCUCCAAGGCAGAUAAUCUCAAAAGUGUACAUCUGUCUGGCUGUCGAAGUUUGCGUCAUGUCCAUCCAUCUCUUUUAUCACUUGGAAAACUUGAACUUUUAGAUCUUCUGAACUGUGCAAAACUUGAGAUGCUUGAAACUAAGAUGCAUUCAAAAUCUCUUAAGCACCUCUCUAUCAAGAGCCGCACAAGUUUAAUCCCACCCUAUGUCAGUCACUUAUCAUCUUUACGGAAAUUACUUCUAGAUGGAAGCCCUGUGGAGACAUUGCCGGUGAGCAUCAAGCACCUUACGGGGCUGAAAACACUGUCACUAAAAGGGUGUAAGAUGCUUCAACAUUUGCCAGAGCUUCCAUCAUCCAUUCGUCAUUUGACUGCUCUGGACUGCAUAAUGCUGCAAACUGUGACAUUCAGUUCAAAUAUUCCUAGACUACAAGAAGAAAAACGCAUAAACAUCUCGUUCCAUAAUUGCAUGAAGUUGGAUGUGGCGAAUUGUAUUUAUUGGUACCUUAAAAAUAUAAGGAAACUUGCUUACGUGUGUGAAUCCAGAAGAGGAGGAAAAGGAGUAGUUCGGAGAAGUGAUUUCUUCAAGAUUUGUUAUCCCGACUACAGAGUACCAGAGUGGUUCAUGCAUCGGACAAAGGGUACUUCCAUAACUUUUGAAGUUUCUUCACCUUCCAGUUAUGGUUUUAGUUCCCUUCUCUGCGUUGUUCUCCCUAAGUAUAGUUUGGAUUAUGAACUUGAUAUUAAAUGCCGUUGCUACUUGGAAGAUGGUAGUAACAUGCACAAAUAUUCAUUUGGCAUAUUAUUUCUAAAUCACAUUCCGGCAGAAGGGUGUUCUGAUCAUGUUUAUAUGGCAUAUAAUUAUGGAGGCAUCUUUGAUGUAAUCAAGCUGGACAGAUUGAAUAAUAAGAUUGCGUCUUCCGGGCAAAACCCGAAAGUCACAUUUGAAUUCUUUGUCAGCAGUGGCGAUACUGGAAGUAAACAAGAUGAUAACUUGUUGAUCAAAGAGUGUGGUGUCUAUCCACUAAAUGAUUCCAAUUUUAGAACUGAAUAGACGUUACUAUUUUGGAGUUGGACAUGAAAAGCAAGGCAUUGGGAUACUGGAUUUUAUAGCACAUGGAACCAUGAGGUUGGAGUUGAAA